CGUACAUACACUCACAAUUUCGCAAUAUAGCUGAUAGCUGUUUGCAGGUUAAAGGUGAAAACACUAUUUUUCGACGAGUUUCGGAACACACAUUGUAACAUGGCUCCUACACACAGAAUACAGAUACAGAAUGCUGUUAGUUCAUGUUAGUUACCGGGGCUACCGCAUUCUGUGUGUAAGAGCCAUUAUUUAUUGACACUAUUGACAGUUGACAGUAUUGACACAACUGGAUCAACUGGAUGUAAUAUUAAUUGUCAUUGUCAAGUAUUGCAUAGAUAGAAAAUGAGUUGUGUAUCACAUCACGUGUAGAUCAUUCGAGACAGAUGUUAUUUUGCACGAUUGAAGACACUAUCACACAAUAUUAUGUCUAUUAUGUACAAUAGUGGCUGGAAUAAGUUAAUUAAAAGUAAGGACAGUUACAAAUGUCAGCCUAGAGCCAAUGUUGAAAAGGAACGUUGCACAGCUAGGCUCAGUUUUGUACAAAUGUCUUUCGAUCGUGACGAAGACGCCCUGAUUGUAGUCGACACCAAAGGAUACUUAUACUACAUCGAAUUGCCUGGAGCUGGAGAUGUUCCGUGUUGCAAAAUACUGGGCAAAAUCGGCCGACCUACCUUUCUGGCAUUUAAUCCCAUGUGCACGGAGGAAAUACUGAUAGGAUUCGAUACCGGUGACAUAAAGGUUUCGAAGCUUCAUACGGACAUGAAUGAGUUUUGUUUGUUGUCCGGCCACAAACUACCACCGACACACGUUUCCUUUUACAAGCAUCAUUGUCUAACGAGCUCUCGAAACGAAGUAAUAAUAUGGGAUCUGAAAUCUUAUAUCAAAGCUCAUCAAUUAAAAGUUGGGGUACGGAACACUAUCAAGAAAGCUGCCUUCUCAAACGUCGGUCAUAUCGUCGUGCUCUAUCACAACGACACCAUGCAGGUCUGGACCAUGAGACAGUUGCACAAGGAUACCAAAAUUGAUACAAAGAUAUUUGGAAUAAAUUAUAUCAAAGAUUUUAUCUUCACGAAAGAUGGAAGAGCUAUGAUAAUGGGUGGUAUGAGAAACAUAAGCAUUCUUAAUACAUACGAUUGGAGUUUAUUAAAGAAACUAAGUUUGCCUAAUACGUUUGUCGAAGCAAAACAAUUAUCGGUCAUUCCCGGCCCAUUAGAGGGUGGAGCAAAUAAAAUCCUUGCAUUUUUAUCCUCGAAAUGUACUCUUCAACUUUGUGAUAUAAAUGCAUUAACUUUUCUUGAGAUACCUCGGCCUAUUGGUAGGAUUAAAAAAUUUGUAAUUUCAUCUACCGGUAGAUACAUGGCGUAUAUAGAUCAGGAAGGAUGUUUAAAUAUUAUGUACACGGAUAAAAUAAUUUCGAAAAACGGUCCUCAACCCGACAACAGGUUCGUAAAGCCAUAUAGAGUGCGUGGGCACGAAUCGAGUCAUCACUUGGACGGCGUUAGACAAAGCAUGAAGCAAGAAUUAAAUAUGAAACGAUUAAUGCUUAUUUUGAGGGAAUUUGGAGAAUAUCCGCAAAAGUAUCGUACAAUAAUUUGGUCCACUAUUUUAAAAUUACCAGCUAAUAAAAACGCAUAUGUUGCCUUGGCAAGUAAGGUGACGCGAGGGAGAUUUGCCGUGAAUACUUUAAAAAGUCUUCCCUUGGCAGAUAAAAGCAAAGCGUCAUUGUUGGCCAUGACGCUAGCGUGCUUGUUGCAAUGGUGUCCUCCGCUACGACAGAGUCUGUUUCUUCCUAACUUAAUUUUCCCAUUUCUUAUGGCAUUUCAGAAAGAUCCCUUACUUGCCUUUGAGUUGAUUUUAAGUAUACUACUAAACUAUUGUCAAAAGUGGUUCGAAUACCAUCCUUUCCCACCACUGAAUAUUUUGGGAAUUUGUGAGAAUAUUCUCCUAGAGACUGACCCUAUGCUAUUGAAUAUCUUUUGCGAACAUGGAAUCACAAGUAGGGAAUAUGCGUGGCCAUUACUUCAAACUGCGAUGAGCGAGGUACUAUCGGGAGACGAGUGGUUGUUUUUGUGGGAUCAUCUAAUAUCUUAUCAAAAACCUUCCCUGCUCGUGAUGUGUGUCAUUGCGUAUAAUAUCUGUUUGAGAGACACGGUAAUUUCUUUAAUAAAGUCAUCUGGAGAUGUCAAAGCAUUUUACAGCACCCAAAGUCAUAUUAGAGCCAAAGAUUUGUUAGAGAUUGCAAGAAAAAUAGACCAGAAGAUAUCGAAACGAGUGCAUCCUACGCGUUAUCUGAGGGAUAAACUAUCGCACGUAAAUCACAGUGGACCUUAUCCUUCAUUUAUAUUGCAAGAAUAUCCAAAAUUUCUUACCGAAAACCUUAGCCGUGCAGAUUUGGAAAAAUUAAAAAUGCAGGAACAAACGUUGCAAGAAUAUAAUCGUAGGCGUGCAGAUUUUGAAAAAAGAAACGUACAUGCGGAGACUGAGGCUUUUGCAAAACAACCUCAUGAAACAAGACUAAAUGAGGUACAAAAAUGCUUUCAAGACCAUGUAAGUAAUUUCAAGUGGAACGUGCUACCAAAUGCAGAAAAGGAAAAAUUUUGUCAUCACUCGUAUAAAGAUCUUGAUUCGCUAUCUGAAAGAAAACAGGAAUGUAACCGAUACAAGAUUGUGGAAGAUGUUAAUUCAAAAAAUUAUAAAAAGUUGCAGCGAGAUGUAACGAUGCUCGAGUAUGAAGUACUAAGGUUUUUGAAUUCACUAAACGUUCAUAAAUCAGAGAUGGAGAUUAGUUAGAACGUACUUUUUUGCACGGCGAAAGUUUAGGCAAAAUCAAAUAAUAUUUUAAUGCACGUAUCACACACGAGAAAUAUAUUUUAAUUUGUUGUAUAUAUUUUUUCUUUC